UCAGAGCAGUGCGAGACACGAUCAUGGAGUAGAACCAGAACCGAGUUCUUCUUUUAUUUUCGGUGGUGUUCGGUCCUCCUACGUGACAUUACCGGAGCUCAGGAUGACGACCACCGCCAUGGACACAAAUAAUAACAACAACAAUAACAACAACAAUAACAACGGCAGUACAGGAGGUGUUAUCUCCUAUGUGGGUUCCUGUGGAGGUUCUCCGACCAGAACCAGUCCAGUCUCCAUGUACAGCGAGAACUCCUCGUCCUCCCUGACUCCGCCCUUCCUCAGCAGCAGCUCCAGUUCUGGUUCAGCAGGAGACGACGGUUCCUCCUCAGCCUCCUCCUCGGCUGGAGGUUCUCCUCGAGGCCGCGAUGAUGGAGGUUCUCUGAGGGCAUCGCCCAGCAAGUCUGUGGCCAGUCUGACCAAGCUGAAUGGGAUGAUGCUGCUCUGUAAGGUCUGUGGUGACGCUGCCUCAGGUUUCCACUAUGGAGUUCAUGCCUGUGAAGGCUGCAAGGGGUUCUUCCGUCGCAGCAUCCAGCAGAACAUCCAGUACAAGAAGUGUCUGAAGAACGAGAGCUGUACCAUCAUGCGGAGCAACAGGAACCGCUGCCAGCAGUGUCGCUUCAAGAAAUGCCUUUCUGUGGGCAUGAGCCGAGACGCCGUUCGUUUUGGGCGGAUCCCGAAGCGUGAGAAGCAGCGGAUGUUGGCGGAGAUGCAGAGUGCCAUGAACAACAUGGUGAACAACCAGCUGCAGAGCGACUUCCAGCUCGCCAGCCUCUCAUCUUCAUCUUCCUCCUCCUCCUCCUCUUCCUCCUCUUCAUCCUCCCUGGCCAAUCCCACACUGCUGCAGCAGCAACAGCAGCAGCAGCAGCAGAAUAACCACGCCCACCACCACAAUGGGGAGGCGGAGCUUUGGGGGCCCAACCGUUGCCCCAACGGUUACCAUGCCAAUGGCCUCAACACCAUCUUUCACCAUAACAACAAUAACCUGGGCACCGGGUGCUACCUGCCGCCAGGAAAUGAACGCAACGUCACGAACCAUCACCACGGCAAUGGGAGGCGGAGCCUGCAUAACACUAACCUGAUUGAAGGAGACAGACUUGCUGAUCAUGUGUCCCAGGGACAGAACUGUCCAAUGAAGAACCACAUGGGCAUUGUUCUGGCUUGUCCAAUGAACAUGCAGCCUCAUGCCGACCCCCGGAAAAGCCCUCAGGAGAUCUGGGAGGACUUCUCGCUGUCCUUCACGCCUGCUGUCAGGGAGGUGGUGGAGUUCGCCAAACACAUCCCAGGAUUCAGCACUCUGUCGCAGAACGACCAGGUGACUCUGCUGAAGGCGGGAACCUUCGAGGUGCUGAUGGUGCGCUUUGCCUCGCUAUUCAACGUGAAGGAGCAGACGGUGACAUUUAUCUCUGGCGCCACCUACAGCCUGGUGGAGCUGCAGGCCAUGGGCAUGAGUGAGCUGCUGGGAGCCAUGUUUGACUUUAGCCACAAGCUGGCGAUGCUGGAGCUGAAUGCUGAGGAGCUGGGCCUGUUCACCGCCGUGGUGCUGGUGUCCGCAGACCGUUCCGGGAUUGAGAACGUGGCGUCAGUGGAGCAGCUGCAGGAGAACCUGAUCAGAGCUCUGCGCCUGCUGAUCAACAAGUCGGCCGGCGCCCCUGGCAACAACCACCUCAAUAUGGACUCGCCGCGCUUCACCAAACUGCUGCUAAAGCUGCCUGACCUGCGCACGCUCAACAACAUGCACUCUGAGAAGCUGCUGUCCUUCCGCAUCGACGCCUGAUGACCUCAACGUUACAUCACCGCGCUUGCCGGCCCAUAGAGGCGGAGUUUGCGGCCGCUGUGAUGUCGACACUGUAAAGACUGACACUGUUCAGCACAUGGCUUCCCGCCAAAGUCAGAGUCUGCCCACAGAGCUGCUCCUCCAGAGUCACGCAAUAAAGGAAUAGUCCCACAUUUUAACAAAUUUACCCAAAAACAGUCACGAAUAAUUUAACCAAAGUGUUAGCUUAGCUCAAACACUGCUAGCCUAACCUAGCCUAGCCACCCCACUUCUUUGUCUGUACUUUACUUCACAACAGGAAUUUAUAGAAGUUUUCCUGAUGACCCUGGUUCCACAGGUAGAAAAACGUACUAACAACAUAUUUUUUAUCAAAAUUUAUGUUGAACAUGCUGUGUGAUUAAGCUAAAGUGUCAGUUAGCGGAAAAUUAUCUCAAAACUCGUUAUGUGUUCAGAUUAGGUGACUUCCACUCUGAUAAAAUACAGUAAAUAUUUUAUAUUUUUACUGUAUUUGUGUUUUUUAAUACAUUUUCUGGCUCAACUAAGACUCAGAAUGUCUUAUAUUCUUAUAUUUGUCUAACACUGACAUUCUUGUUUGUCUGUUAUACAGAUAUUUGCAGAUAUUUGCUGAAUCUGAUGAAUUGUCACAAGUCACAAUCAUGUCUAUUUUACCUCCUCAUGUGCAUAGAUCUAUUAGAAUCCACAAUUAUUUAUAAACUGGCCAACUUUGGGAUAAAAUCUUUUCAUUUUAGCUGCACUGAACUCGCAGAUUUGCAGUUGAUGGAAUAAACUUUGGUUUAUUUGUGGCGGCUCCUUUAAAAAGUGAACUUUGACUCUGGAGAAAACAGAAGACAGGACUCACGGUAAACCUCAGACUCUUCCAAACUGUUUGGGGAACAUCCAGAAACUUCCAAACAGACUUUGAGUGGCUGGAAGGACCUCAGACCCAACAACACCAGCCAAUCACACGAAGAAGCAGCAGCUCCACUGACCAAUGAGACGCUGCAGCGCCUCAGACCAACGUUAUGCAGCAGAUCUUCUGUAUAAAAACUGUAAAUAGUCAUAAACACAAAUAUCCAGUUAUACUUGAACUGUUGGGGAGCUGAGAUGUGUUCUACAUCUAUAUUUUUGUUAAUAUGAAUAUAUGCUUGUGCAGUUAUUAUGAGUGUAUAAGUGUGUGGGGCACCAAGUGUUCGUUCUGCAGGUUUGAUAUGUUGCACCCGAUGGAAAUGAGAUGUUCUGAUGUAUGUAUUUUAAUCUGUGUUUUAUGUUGUAAAGACAUUAUAUAUAUAUAAAUAUACACUGAAGAAUUC